AUGAAGACCUCCGCCGUCAUCGUCGCCGUCGCCGCCGCUCUCGUCAGCGCCCAGGCUCCCCCCGAGGGCACCAACAAGGUGUCCUGCGCCAAGCCCAACGCUGCCUACUGCAUGGGCGGCGAUAUCAUCCUCCGCUGCGACGGCAACAGCAUUGGCACUGCCGGCCGAUGCUCCGACAACGUUGCCGGAUACCCCCCUGCGGGCGGUGUUGCCGAGUGCUACCAGAGCUCCGAGCUGGCUGGUGAUGCUGCCUGCCAGAAGAACUGCGUCGUCUACGCUCAGCCUUCCUUCACCCUGCCUGCCUCUGAGUGCACUCCCAGCUUCACUGCCUCUGCCACCGCCGCUCCCACCACCCUGGAGAGCACCGUGGUUGCCACUGCCACUGCCACUGCCACCAUCACCUACAACGCUACCAUCCCCGUCGUCAUCUCUUCCACUCCUGCUGCUCCUGCUCCUCCUGCUGGCACUGGUGUCCCUCCUCCCCCUGCUGGCGGCAACGGCACCGCUCCCAGCGGCACCAACACCCCCGUUGGCCCUACCACCACCGGCUCCGGCUCCGGCCCCAGCACUAUCCCUACCGGCGGUGCCAUUGCCAACCGCGCCAGCGGUGCUCUGGCCGUCAUGGGACUCGUCGCCGCUUACUUCCUGUAA